AUGGAGAAAUACUCGCAGUUCAGAGAUAGAGGCACCGCAAUUGCGCCCUUUUUCCCCAUUCCUACACCAGCGGCUAGCGCUCUCUGGACACCGGUUCACGUCUUCCUCUUUCUGAUCAGAUUGCCGCUUGUGAUCAGUUUCUCGCUGCUAUAUUUUGUCUUUCUGGAUGGGGUGCCUGUGGGGCCCACGAUUAGGAAGUGUGUGCUGUGGAUUUUGCUCUUGAUACCUGGAGUGUGGUGGGUGGAUUUGCAAGUCGAUGGGGUCAAGAAGGGAGGCGUGAAGGCUAAAACCCAUCUUCCGCAAGCCGGCACCAUCAUCGCAAGCAGUUUCACCAGUCCUCUCGACCCCCUCUACCUCGCUGCCAUCUUCAGCCCCAUCUUUACGCGAUCGUACCCAGGGACCAGGAAAGUCGAACCUAUAUCCCUCUUACGAGCAAUCCUUCUCGCAUUCUCGCACCCUACGCUCGAGCCCGCAGAUCCAAGCAAACUAGUCACCCUAAAAGAACUACUAGAAAGACACCCGGGACGCAUCAUCUGCGUCUUCCCCGAAUGCACAACGACCAACGGCCGCGGAAUCCUUCCCUUGAGCCCAAGCCUCCUGACAGCGGACCCCGAGACCAGAAUCUACCCUAUCAGCCUGCGCUAUACCCCAGGCGACAUCAAUACGCCGGUCCCUAGGCACUACAUAUCCUGGGUCUGGAGGCUCCUUUCCAAGCCCACGCACUGCAUGCGCGUCCGCAUCGCGCGCUGCGUGUACAACAGCCCCAGCAUCGACAACCCCGGGUCUACAGCAGGCGCUGCGGAUACAGCGGGGAAGGGCUACGAUACGAAUAUUUGGGAUAGUCCGCACCUGCGCAAUCGGGCCAAGGAGGGCGAGGAUGAGAGUGUUUCGAAGGAGGAACAGAGAAUCCUGGAUAGAGUUGGGGAGGAUCUGGCGAGGUUGGGACGGGUGAAGAGGGUGGGGCUUGGGGUGAGGGAAAAGAUUGAUUUCUUGAAGCUGUGGAUAAGGAGAGAGGCUGUGCGGUGAUGGUGAGGAGAUGUGGGAAGGGGUGAUUUUGGAGGUGUAGUGUUGGGUUUUAGCUAGCAUGCUCAGAAUAGAC